GCGGUGCAUCGAUGCACGCUCCGCCGCUCAGCAGCCGCCUCGCCUCGCCUUCGUCCCGUCUGCCGGCGGCCGGAAUCCAAUGGCGCCGUGCCGCCUUCUUCCUCCAACUCCUGCCACUUCCACCACCCAUCCCCGCCGCCCCCACCGGCGCGCGGCGGAUAGCGAGGGCCGCUGCCCUCCGCGCUCCUCCUCUCGGCGCCUAGGGUAUGCAGGGCUGCGGAGCGCCGCCGCCUCUCCGUCCAUCCAUUACUCCCGUCGGAGAAAACCCUAUGUCCUCGUCGUUAUUCCUCCCCUCCGUAGUGCUCGACCCGUCUCCUGCGCACAGCCUCCGCAGUCAGUUCCGUUCGUGGUGAGAUUUCGCGGGCGUCUCUAAUUGGGGAAAUGGGAGAAAGCAUACAGAGGUCAAAGCCUCAGGUCCAAUGCUGGCCUUUUAUGUUCUCAUGACCAAUUAUUUCUGUAAAUUUUGCUAGAUUUCUUAAAAUUAACAUCUGCGUUGUGGAAUUUUCAUCUUAUAUAUGUUGUGUCUGGUCCCAUGUAAUCUAUCUGAAUUCUGAACAUAUGCAUGUAGAUUCAGCAAGGGAGCGUAGAGAAGGCGCCCAACAUGUCCAGGAUAUCUAGUCUAGGAUCCUUGGAUGGAGUUCCUCUGGCUCCAGCAAUGGCACGAAAAGAAAAUCAUCCCUCUGUUUCUUUCCCUUUUACAUUUUUAUAUAAGGAGAAGUUUUUCUGGCAGUUGAGGUGGAGAAGAGACUGGCCAUACAAGUGAGUGAGAGAUGAUCAUCCAUGCCAUGUCGAAACUUGUCCAUCGUCUGGGAGGCCCCUAUUUUUAGAAGCCUUUCGCCUUGUCUUCUGCCUCCUCCUUUGCCUCCUCUCCACAGUCUGAUUUAGAGACCUUGCAUGCAUGCCUUGCUUGCCUCCUAUCCACAAUUUAGUUCCUCUAGUUUUGUGGGUGCUAGAUCCCUUUCCCCAAACCCACUCCGUCGUGCUAGCACAUUUGAAGCCUGAAUUUCCCCACAAGGUCUGCAAGGUGCUCGUCUCUAACCUGAAUGGGAGCAAGAUAUCCUCUCGUUUUCUUGAUCCUCUUACUUCUUCAUGGAACCAAGGCUGCUUCGGAUCCUCCAGUACCGGGAUGGCUGACUCUGAGUGGUCAUCGUCCUCUAGUCAUUGCUCGUGGGGGGUUGUCUGGAGUAGUGCCUGAGUCAAGCCAGCUUGCAUACAGCAUGGCAAUGGGAAGUAGCUUGUGUGAGGUGGUUCUGUUCUGCGACCUGCAAUUCUCCAGCGACGGUGUGGGCUUCUGCCAUGGCAGCUUGAGACUUGACAAUUCGUCAAAUAUUGCUGAGAAGUUCGCUGACAGGGGCUCAACUUAUCAAGUGAAUGGACGAGAGGUUCAAGGAUGGUUUUCUCUGGAUUUCAAAUCAGAGGAGCUACAUAGUGUCCUAUUGCUUCAGAAUGUUUUGUCUCGCUCAAGUACAUUUGACAGAACACAGGAACUGUUGUCGCUUGACAAUGUGGUUCAAAGCGUCUUGGCUCAAAAAGGCGAGCUUCAUGUAAUUUGGGUCAACAUAGAGUACAACUCGUUUUUUCUGGAGCACGGAUUAAGUGCCGAAGAUUACAUAUUGGGACUACCAAAAGAAUUUCCUGUCACUCGCGUCUCCUCACCAGAAUUUGCAUUCUUAAAAAGUCUCAGUGGGAAGGUCAGAAGCAAUAUAAAGUUGAUUUUCCGGUUUCUCCGUGAAGACCUUGUUGAGCCUACGACAAAGAGAACAUAUGGAGAACUUCUGAAAGACCUGAAAUCUAUCAAGGCCUUUGCAUCGGGGAUUCUUGUUCCCAAGCAAUUUAUUUGGCCACAGAAUAAGGAUAUGUACUUGGAGCCGUCUACCAGUUUGGUCAAAGAUGCACAUGCCCUAGGGCUGGAAGUGUACGCAUCUGGAUUUGCCAAUGAUGAUCCAUGUAUGAGUUACAACUACAGCUAUGAUCCCAGCGCGGAAAUCUUGCAGUACAUAGACAAUUCAGACUUCUCGGUCGACGGCGUUUUAACAGACAAUCCACCUACCGCAUCAGGAGCCAUAGUGUGCAUGGCACAUACCAAGGGCAAUGCAUUUGUUUUUCCUAUUGCUAAAGCUGGAGCUCCUACAGUAGUAGGAGAAAACACCAGGCCACUGAUCAUAACCCACAAUGGUGCGAGUGGCGUCUUCUCAGACAGCACGGACCUUGCCUACCAACAAGCGGUGAAAGAUGGCGCGGACAUAAUAGAUUGCUGGGUCCGGAUGUCGAAAGACGGAGUCGCCUUCUGCCUGGGCUCUACAGAUCUCAACAGCAGCACGACAGCAGCCACAACUUUCUUGGGAAAAAUGACCACUGUCAAUGAGAUACAGAACAAGUCGGGCAUUUUCUCGUUCGAUCUCUUAUGGAGUGAGAUCCAAACCUUAAAACCCAAUCUUGUCGGUCCAUUCGCAGACGCACGCCUGGAGAGAAAUCCUGCGGCGAAGAACGCUGGCAAAUUUAUGACACUGGCUGAGUUCCUUGAUUUUGCAAAAGCCAGCAACAUCACUGGUAUACUGAUCGGCAUAGAGCAUGCUACGUACCUUAUAACCAGAAGCCUUGACGUGGUGGAUGCGGUCUCCAAAGCGCUUGUCAAGUCCGGGUACGACAAGGAGACCUGUAAGCAGCGCGUGCUCAUACAGUCAGAGGACGCCCCGGUGCUUGCGGUGUUCAAGACGUUCCCCAAGUUCCAGCGGGUGCUGACGAUCGAGUUCGACAUAAGCGACGCCUCCAAGCCUUCGGUGGAUGAGAUAUCAGAGUUUGCAAACGCGGUGAAGCUCAGGCGCAGCUCUGCCGUGCGGGUCAACGGCUUCUUCCUGGAGGGGUUCACCAAUUCCUUGGUCGACAGGCUGCAUGCCGGCAAUCUGCAUGUGUAUGUCGGCGUCCUCAAGAAUGAGUUCAUGAACCUCGCGUUCGACUACUGGGCCGACCCCUUGGUGGAGAUCGCCACGGACACGAUGUCGGUAGGCGCCGAUGGGAUCGUGACCGAGUUCCCUGCCACUGCAGCUGCAUACUUCAGGAGCCCAUGCUCCAACUACGAAAACAAGAACCUUCCCUACACGAUCAGCCCCGCCGAACCCGGCGGCUUGCUCCAGCUGGCUAACAGUGGCUCGGUACCUCCGGCGCCCCCUCCGGCGCCGGUGCUCGAGCCCCAGGACAUCCUGCAACAGCAGCUGCCGUUGUGCCCCAACGACCCCAUGUUCCGGACCUUCCGCUGCCGCCUGGCGCCCAAGGAGACGGCGACGGGGAAACCUGAGUACAACAUCAAUAUGGCUAGCCUAGAUGACUAGGUUUCUUUCUUGUGGUGGAACCAGCCCAUCCAGGUUCAAGUCCUAAACUUGACAUGGGUGCUCUCAUAGAAGGUGUGUGCACGUGUUGUGAGCGUCUGCGUCUGCAUUGUGUUUCUAAAAAAAAAAUCCCCACCCCACUCUUUGCGAGAUUCGCUAAGUUCAUUGUGCUUGUGCAUUACAUACUGGAAUGCGUUAGUUACCUAGUUACGUGGCACUAGAACAACAUUUGUGUACUGAGUAUUCGGACAAAGUUUGAUUUUAAAGUGA